AUGCGUUCCACUCUGGCUCUUGGGCUAUUCGUCGCAUCGACCUAUGCUGCAUUGCAGCUAUCCCCGAUCGCCUUCAAGCCGGAGGACUGGGAAGCGUUCAAGAAUUGCUUGGGUGACGAAAUCGACAAUUACGACGUCACUGUAGUAGAGGAAUGGAUCAAUGUUGGCCCCGUUGAAAGCCGCGACCCAGACUUUGAUGGACAAGACGCAAUUCUACAAAAGUGCAUGAUCGAGAUCUGCAGUAGACUUCAAAUCACUGCUGGAUAUAAUGAGAAGACUUCUGAGGUCCUUCCGGUUUCCACGGCCACGGAGGAUUGGUUGGGAACUUCUGGUGCAAGAUCAUACGAGGCAGCACCAGUUGCAGAAGACGUCUCGGCUGCGCCAAACAGUGCCAGAGAUCUUGAGAUUGAUUCCAUGGCAGAACAUCGACCAUGA